AUGGAAAGAAAAGCUUCCGCAGCCAGUCUCCUGACUGUAACAGAUAGCAAAGAUCGUCCAGACCACAUUUACUGGCAGUGCGUGCCAGAAACCAAGCCCAGUCUCAUUGACAAGGUACGCGGCAAGAAGCCCUGUCAGCGCCAGAACAGCAUGCGGUACGACAUCUGCAGUGGGUGCUGCACCAAACGUCGAGCCGGAGCUAUUGCAAAGAACCGCGACUCAGAGACGAUUGGAGAGCUCCUCACUUGGGAUGUGCAUGGGAAUGAGAUCUGGCGGUACACUGUACCGUAUCCUGGGCCGCAGAAGUACGAAUUUUGGGCGGAGGAUUUCCCUUGA